UACCUACCAAGCCAGACUGGUACGCACAGCACGUACUUCGCUGGCAGAGGACCUCGCGAUACUUCACGCGAGCUCACCUGGUAUGACUGAGAACAACAUGGAGAGUGCAGAAAAAGGCGCCGGUUGUGUUCGUUUGAAAAAGCAUCUGUCUGCCUUCCGACCAAAACCACCUUUUGCUGGUAGAGGUAGGAGUUCAUUGGCCAUCGCCAACAAACAUCAGUCUGCCCUUCAGCCAAGUCAGAUCGUGCUGAUAAAGGACGUCAUCGGUCAUCAUCAACUGAGCGCAGACUUUAAGAGAAUCACCGCAGUUCCUCUACUGUCGAAGUUCUUCUCAGAGCUGGAUAUUCACUCAAAUCUGAUGAAGGUGUUUGCCAAGAAAGGUGGUGCACAGGGGAGAAAAAUAAAGACCACCAUGGCACCCAUAAUCCAGGCUGACACUAUCAGCGCUGGGAGAGAAAGCUUCCUCAAAGGCCUUUGUGUGUACCUAAAUGAAGAUCCACAGAAGCUGGUGAAGGAAGACCUGGAUGUUGACAGCAUUCGAAUGGCCUUAGCAGAGACGCCCAUAGGAGUUUUUGUUGUUGGGCAUGAAGGUGCAGAGCUUGGUGAUGUUGGCAUUGCUCUGGAGGGGGUGGAAGUGAUGGGUAAUCAACGAGCCAAGAGCUUCAGUGCAAGAGUUGGUUUUUAUUAUUAUUAUUAUUAUUAACCGUUGACACAAUCAGCAGAGAAACGAGGCGUGACGAAGGACAGACCAAGACACAUCGGGAUCAGAUCUUGUUGAAAGCCGCCACGUCGACGCUCUGGACCUGAAACGGAGCCAAAAGGAGAAAGUGAAUGAGACAUGUGGCAGUAUGAGGGUGUCCCGCUGCAGUAAAUCCUCCCCUUCAUGUGCACUUUCUGUCUUCAGGGUGUUGAUUCAACAUAAAGUCUGGAGGCUGCUGAAAUGUACUGCAGUGCAGAUUCAAACCUUUGUUACAUUCAGGUUCCUGCAGAGAGAGUUCAAGUGAGGCUGAUUAAGCCCAUCAUGAACACAAAAAUCUCCCAGUAUGCCUGAGCUUUCAAAUCUGGAGUGUGUGAUGUUGUUCCUGUGCUGAAAGUGAUGCACAAUAAAAAACUGUCCAGGCUGAAA